AAAAAACUAUCUAAAGAGUCAUUGGUCAUGAACACAAAUUGUAUGCACUCAUGAUGUUUUAUAUGAAUUCAACUAUGAUUAAAUAAAUACAUCUGCUUUAAUUUUCAAUAUGCUGUUUUGCAUGAAAAAGAACAUGGGAAUUGACUUAUACAAUUGUGAGAAAGUGCUCAUGCUACUCAUAUUGCACAACAAACUAUUAAAUUAACAUUAACGUGCAUGUUGAUAUUAUUGAGGGCUAGAACGCUUAAAAUGAAAGUGUGGCUAUUAAAUAUUUUGCAGUGUUGAUAUUGUAUACUGUUUUGUCAUCAUAACCUAUAUUAGUGACACUCAGGCUUGUUGUCAUUUUAAAGCUGGCUUUUCUGAAUUGGUUUAGCUGUGGGUGUUUUCAAAGAUGUUGUUGCUGGAGGUGCUGAGCUGGUGCUGCCAUCUGCACUUCAGUCUGGUGGCAUCUACUAUGGCCUACAUAGAAGCUGGUGUGCUCUCGUCUCUCCGAAGCUUCACCACGGCCCUCACCUGUGUGCUCCACUGUUUCUCCUGCGAGUCGUCCUGGGCUGACCGGCCCUUCCUGCUCCGCCCCCGAGCCGUCUCUCCCGCCACAGUCACCAUGACACGCUCCAAAACCUUCCAGGCCUACCUGCCCAACUGCCAUCGCACCUACAGCUGCAUACACUGUCGAGCACACCUGGCCAACCAUGAUGAGCUCAUCUCAAAGUCUUUUCAAGGGAGUCAAGGCAGGGCCUACCUCUUCAACUCAGUGGUGAAUGUGGGCUGUGGGCCGGCAGAGGAGAGGGUACUGCUGACCGGUCUCCACGCGGUGGCCGAUAUCUACUGUGAGAACUGUAAAACCACUCUGGGCUGGAAAUACGAGCAUGCCUUUGAAAGCAGUCAGAAGUACAAGGAGGGCAAGUUCAUCAUCGAGCUGGCCCACAUGAUCAAGGACAACGGGUGGGACUGAAAGCCCUGGACUCCCCACGGCCCAUAACGCUGGAAAGAGACGUGCAGCAUAUGAAUAAUUAGUUUCAUUAUCUGGCUGUAACUUCCUCCCUGGAAAUCUCUCUACCUGACACACACCUCUAAACCGUGAGGGUUCAAGGUUCAUAGCAGCUGCGCUACCCAUGUCCUGUGUGUAUAUACGAACGAAUGUGUGCCAGCUAGACACCAAGUGUUUCUAUUAUGUGAGUAUUUUCCUAUUCAGUUCAAGGGAGUGCGUGUGUGCAAAUCGAGGCACAAAUUGACAUUUGCUUUCCUCUGGGUUGGCCAAGGUCACAGUUUUGUCCCACACUCAGGUUUAACUAAUGGCUGGAUCCAUGGUGAAGAAAGGUUAAAAGACGAACCCAUGUAGCACGGCACCUUUUAACUCAUCUGAGGCGAAAACACACUCAAACAGAAGCGUCGUCCAUUUGUUUCCCUUUCUUUUCUUUAGUCUCUUUAUUUCCUCCAGUCACUUGCAUGUUGUGUAUUUAUUGAUCUGUUACGUUUUAGGGAAGUUGCGUUUAUGGUAAACUGUAGCAACCACAGUGGUCUUAGUUUGACCUAUAUAGCGGAAGUAGCAACGUUUGAUAAGAGGUUUGUACGUACACUUCCUCUCCAGAUUGUGAUCUGUCUCUGUUUGAAUGUGAUUAUGGAGUAAAUGAGGCAUUCGUGUGCCAUUUAUAGGGCACAGGUCGCGUACAUUAGCUAGAGCUAAGUCUUUCGCCCUAGCCGCAGCUGUCAGCUUUGAAAGGGAACUGAGGCGUUCUCAAAGCCUGUGAUGUCCCCUUUGGUCUCAUUAGUUCCUGCCAUUAAAUCACAAAUCAAGUGGUAAACCAGACUUUCUCACCACGUGUUUUGGGGAAGAAAGUGAUCAACAACUUGUAAAUGUGGCCUCUAAACGAGGUAAUCCAGAUGGGGCUCGUAAAUAAAAAGCCUUUGCGCAACCAAAGACUCUUUCAUCACCUACGCUGACCAAACGGAGUUCGAUUUCCUGAUUUAAGCCCCGUUCACACCAAGCACAGUAACAGUAAUAAUAAAUAUAACGUUUUAAAACUUGUUGUAAUUCUGUGAGGAUAGUAACAUUAAGGACACAGAGGAACAAUAAUGAUUUUUGUUUUAGCUGACGAACGCUAAAAACAUUGACAGCCAAUCAAGAAAGCACUUGACUUUAACAAGCAUGAGCGUUUAAAGUGAGAGACAACAUUAAUGCAGUGCUUGCUUAUAAUGAACAGAAAUUAGCAUUGGCUGGUGUAGUUAUCAUUAUAGUUAUUGUUCUUGGUGUGAACUGACCUUUAGAUGCAUUGUUGUUGUGUCUUUUGGUUCAGUUGAAUUGUCAUGUGCAGAACAAGUCGAUUUUUCUUUGAUUUAGGUGUUUUGGAUGUUAACGUAUAAUGUCUUAUUUUGAGUAUGUAUUUAUGAUCAGUCUUUACGUAUUGUUUUAGCACUCAAUCUUACAUCUGUGUAUUUAUCGUUCUGCGGGACCGCUCCACCUAUUCCAACAAUUUU